GCGCCGUUCGCGUCGCGUGUUUUCCCAUUGAGCCGCCAACAUUCACAAAUGAUACACGAUCUUUUAAAAUAGUUCGAGGCAAACUCUUGUGAAUUAAAAAAAAAAAAAAAAAAACGCGUGUGUUUAUUAUUCCACCCUCCCCAAACCCUGGAAAAAAAUACCUCGAGGAUUUAUAAUUUUUUUUUUUAAAUUUAAAUUUAAAAAUUCUUUCUAUUCAACUUUUACAAUAUCUGCAAUAGUUAUAGUGUUUAAUUUUUUUUUUCAUAAAUAUUCUUCUAAAAUUUAAUUUAAAAAAAAAAAAAUUUAUUAAAAAAUUAAUUACAAAAUUUUGAAAUAAAACAAAAUUAUUCUCUUUUUUUUCUAAAUUUUCAUUUCUAUUCUAUUGAUUUAUGAAGAGAAAAAAAUUUCCAUGAAAAUAAAAUUCCUUGGUUAAAUAAAAGAAUGUCUUGUUUAAAUUUACAAAAGUUUUGUCAACUCGCGCGCUCACAGAAAAGCGUUUGAAAAGUUAGAAUGUAAACAAUUUUAUUCAAAAUGUUCGUUUAUUUGGAAAGUGUCGCUGAAACGUGUAAUUUGAGAUAGUACUCAGAGAAAGAGAGAGAGAGAGAGAGAGAGAGGGGGGGAAAAAUAGUGAAACGAGAAAAGUUCAUUUUCAUGCAAAUCGAUCAAUUGACUUUACGAUUAUUUUUUUGGGAAAAAAUGCGACGAACUUUGAUUAAAAAAUUAUUCGAGUGCAUCUCGACAAGGAAAUUGAAGUGAAAUGAAAGCAUAAAGAGAACUCUGAAUGCAUCGAAAGAAGAGUUUUAAAUCUAAAAUGUGCUUGGAAGUGAAGUUUUUUCACUUUUUCAUUAAAUGGAAUAAAAAUCGUGACAGUUAGUGAACAAUAAAAAUCUGUGAAAAGCACGUAAGAGACUUAUUGUUCUUAUUUGAACAAAAGCAGUUGCAAUGGAUUUUGUGCUAAUAGUAUUGAUGGCACUGUGGCAACAAGGAGUCGGCGCGUUGAAGCUACUUGAGAUAAAAGUCCCAACAUACACUGUGAAGGGACGAAGUGCGCUUCUACAUUGCAGAUAUGAUUUGCAGACAGAUACAUUAUAUUCCGUCUCGUGGUACAAGGACAAUGAGUCGUUUUAUACAUACAAACCACAGUCGGAACCAAAAAAAAAUAUUUACAAUGUGGAAGGUGUCAAAGUGGACCUUGGGCAUUCAGAUCACCAACAAGUGCAUCUAAAGCACGUAGAACUUCAUGCAGCUGGAAAAUAUAAGUGCGAAGUUAGCGCGGAUCGUCCAAACUUUGAAACUUUUGGAAAAGAGGAAUAUAUGGAGGUUGUAGUUUUACCACAGGAUGGACCAAUAAUUACCGGUCAAGAAAAUAUUUAUGCAAGUGGAGAUAUUCUCUCACUAAAUUGCACAAGCGGAAGAUCACAUCCCCAAAGUCUUUUGAGAUGGUUCAUUAAUGGUAUUCAGGUCAAACCCGACGCUGAAAUAUUAAUACCUCAACAUGGUCUCUAUAUUGUAAUAUCAAGUUUACGUGUUGAAGUUGGACCGCAUCAUAUAAAUAGUGGACGAAUGAAAAUCAGAUGUGAAUCUGUUUUACAAACAUCACAAAUAGAAGAAUCGUUAAUUGACUUGAAAAAGGCAGAAAUUUUAGUUCAAGGUCAUGCCAAUUUAUUCACCCCUUCACUAUUACUUUUAAUAUCAAUGCUCCUAUUGCGACAACAGUUAGUAUAUUGAAUUAAAAAAAAAAAAAUUUAUAAAAAUAGAGCAAUGAAUAUGGAUCCUGAGGCAAUAAAUGAAUUCUAUUCGUUCAAUGCAGAGGAGAAUAAUACGACGCAGACAAAAUGUAAUUGAGAAGAAGGAACAUACAUUUCGUGACAAAAGACAAUCAUAGACUGCAAUUUGAAAAGCGUUCUUCAUAAAGCGAAGAGAUGUAAUCAUCGAUGUAAGUUAAGUACGCCCUCAAGUGAUAAUUCAAAUAUUAAAUUUCAUUCUCUUGCGGUUCAUUAGAAAUCAAAUAUUUAAAAGGCUUUUUUUUAAAAAAAAAUAUUUUUCCCAAAUGAAUGGAAAAUUUCUUUUGUUAAAGAAAUUUUUCAGCAAGAAAUGAAAAAAAAAAAUUUUUUUAUGAAUGAUACAUAUCAGUUUGUAAAAAAAAAAAUUGAUACAAUUUUUUCCAUUUUUAA